AUGUCAAGAAGAAUGAUGUGUUCUAAAAGCCUCAGAGAUCUCAGCUAUGCUGCAUUGCAACUGCAGCCAUCAUAUGCAGAACAGAGAGGAUAUGAACCUUGUGGAGAAGAUCCAGAUGUGAUGGGCAAGCCGCUCCUCAGUAACCUGGAAAACAUCUACAAGAGGCAACAGUUCUAUCACAGGAUAACUGGUGAUGCGUCCCGCACCGCACACCCGGGCGGCCGCCGCUCGGGGUCAACCUGGGCGCGUCUCCGGGGGGGCGGGCGUGGCGGCGGCCCCUCCCACUCGGAUUCGCCAGCUUGUCCUGCCCCGGGGACUGGCAGCGGGCGGAGGGCGGCCGGCCAGAGUGCGCAGCGACUCUGGUCAAGACGGCGGCGCGCCCGGGGCAGCGUCCGGCCGCCCCGCCGAGCACUCGCCGGCGACAUGCGCGCCCUUCCCGGCCUCCGGGGACCCCGCUUGCCGUCGGCCCCGCCGCUGCUCCUCCUGGGCCUCCUGGGAGCCCUGCGCCCCGGCCGGGCCGACGACCUCCCCGCAGCUUCACCUUUUACAAGUCUUCAAGUUCGAGAUGAAAUGAUGGCAAAAUACUCCAACUUUUCCUUGGAGAGUCAUAACAUAUCUUUAACGGGAAAUUCCAAUCUGCCAACAGAAAAAAAUAUUACUUUAGAAAGACCUUCAAAUGUAGAACUUUCAUGCCAAUUUGCAACAUCUGGGGAUUUCAAAUCAGUAAAUGUGACUUGGAAAAAAGAUGAUGAACUACUUGAGAACAAUUAUGUCAUCAAUGUCACAGGAAGCACCUUGUACACCCAAUACGUGUUCACCAUCUUAAAUAGCAAACAAAUGGGAAGUUAUUCUUGCUUGUUUAAAGAAGAAAAGGAACUGAAAGGCACGUUUAAUUUCAAAGUCCCUCAACUUCAUAGAAAAAGUAAACCAUUGAUCACUUAUGUGGGAGACUCAACUGUUUUGAAAUGUGUAUGUCACGGUUGUUUUCCUUUAAAUUGGACCUGGUACAGUAGCAAUGGAAGUAUUCAGGUACCUAUUGAUGUUCGAAUUAAUGAAAAGUAUAUGAUUAACACAACGAAUGCUAAUGAAACAAGACUCAAGAUCAUGCAACUUACAGAGGAAGAUCAGAGAUCUUACUGGUGCCAUGCAGUAUUUCAGUUAGGCGAGAGUGAAGAACACAUUGAACUUGUCGUGCUGAGCUAUUUGGUGCCCCUCAAACCAUUUCUUGCAAUAGCUGCUGAGGUGGCUGUUUUAGUGACUAUUAUUCUGCUUUGUGAAACAUAUACCCAAAAGAAAAGAAAACGCCCAGAUGAUGGGAAAGAAUUUGAACAAAUUGAACAACUGAAAUCAGAUGAUAGCAAUGGUAUUGAAAAUAGUACCCCCAGGCAUAGAAAAAAUGAUUCUAUGACCAGUGAAUGAGAAACAUCCUGUCAAGAAUCACUGGAAGAUGUGCGAAGAGUUUUUAUUUUAGCUUUGCUUAUGCAUCCUGUUAAAAUCAUCUGAUAUUUUCAAAAGGGUGAAAAGUUUGUAUGACAUCCUGAAUAGUAGCUUUUAAAUAAUACGUGCUGUGUCAUAUCGAAUGAUAUAUUUUUAUUCAGUAAUUAUUUUAUAUCAAAGCAAGGUAAAUUACAUUAAAAUUGUUUAAUGAGCUAUAACCAAGGAUGAUUAAUUUUCAGGUCCUCCUGAGGCCAAAUGUUGACCACAAAGCAGUUAAGAGUUAUUAGAUCAAGUGUCACUCAAGACCUGUUCCUAACCAAAGAAUCCAUUAAAGAGAACGCCUUUGCCAUCUGUCUUAUUUUUUCCAGUCACGCUGUGUGUAGAAGUAUUUGUAACAAUUUUCUGUGUAACAUUUAUCCUUCCAUUUUAUAAAAUAGUGCCUUCGUGAAACAAAAAUAUACUUUUUUUUUUGCCUUCAGCUACUCUAUAUUCUCUAUAAGAAAAAGAUAUAUUUGCUCUGUAAAUAUUGGUGUUAAGACAAGGAAAUAAAACUGGAUACUUUAAAAGCUCCA